AUGCUCAUCCCCAAGGCCGACCGCAAGGCGAUCCACGAGUUAGUCCACCUCUGCAACCAGGGCGUACUGGUCGCAAAGAAGGACUUCAACCUCCCCAAGCACGGAGAGAUUGACACCAAGAACCUUUUCGUCAUCUCAGCAGGCCAGUCUUUGACCUCCCGCGGUUACCUCAAGACCCGCUUCUCAUGGCAAUACUACUACUACACCCUCACCCCCGAGGGUCUCGACUACCUCCGUGAAUGGCUCCACCUCCCCGCCGAGAUUGUUCCCCAGACCCACAUCAAGCAGCAGCGCUCUGCUCCUCCCCGAGGCAUGCUCGGUGGUGACGACCGUGAGCGCCGUGGCGGAGGCCGUGGCGGCCGUGGCGGUGACCGUGGCGAGUACCGCCGCCGUGAUCAGGGCGAGAAGGGUGAGGGCGGUGCUCCCGGCGAGUUCAAGCCCGAGUUCCGUGGUGGAUUCGGUCGUGGCCGUGGUGCUGCUCCUGCUUCUUAA